AUGGAUGACGCCGAGUCUUAUCUUAAGCGCGUGUCCAAAAUGGAGCGUCAACACUUCAGCAAGGGCUUUGCAUCCGCCAAACGAAUUCCCGAGGGAGUUGUGCAAUUGCCAUCUGCUGAUAAAGAAUUUAGUACUUUACAUCUUGCGUACUAUCGAACCACUAACAUUCUACCGAUGAAAAGGAAACGGAAUUGCUCGAUUGGCAAUGAUACUGCUUUAGGUGUUAAAAGCGCCAAUCCCUCUCAGGUCGGGCCUGCCACUUCAGGUAGUGGUGGUGCCAGGAGAAGCUGCCUCAUGGAUGCGGGUGUGCCCUCAGUUGAUGCGAAACGUGCAAGCGAUUCGACCCCUUUCCUUGAUGCGGCUGGCACCCCUAGCAGUAGCGCCCCCGCCUCCGGGGUUCCCCAGAGACGUGUGAGCCUCAUCGAUAAGUGGUUCCCAGGCACCACCCUAAAGGAGGCCACCGUGGAGGUCAGCCACACCCCUUCAGUGGAGUUUGUCCAGGAAACGGUAGGGCGAGUGACCGGGGCGCGUGAGAAGAUGAUUCUGCUCCGCAGUGGCGUCGAAGACUUGGAGGGUCUUUUGCGCAAAUGGACAACGUCCCGAGGAACCCAACCGACGGGGCACCGCGCAGGAAACCGAAAUGAAAACAGGGAAGGAGAUGUUUGGACAGAUUCGGAGAUGAGCAUUCUGGUAAAGCGUGUUGGACUUGCUUCGAUCAGUGAGGCUCUAGCGCAGUUUGCACUUGAGCCUUACCAGCGAUCUGGAACGGUUAAGCAGCAGUUAAGGCAGCUAAUGCAUCGCAAGAAUAUUUUUGCCACCCCGCAUUCCUUUCGCAUUGAACUGCUGCAAGAGUUUCUAGAUCUAAAAGGCCCUGAGACUAGUAACUUACCUACGCUUUCGCAUUUUAUUUGGCUCAGCAGUGUCGGCACAACUGAGUUAUUUACAACUCUCACGCAGCGCUUCUUGCGUAGAAUACGCACACACGCUUCCUCAGCAAAUGAUACUUUGGGUGAAAUGGUUUACCAAGUCUCUGGUACUGAAGGCUCUCCCAAAACUAGUGGCGAUAAUGAGGAGGAAAACAAUUCGCCAUGCUGCAAGAGGGAUGAUAUGACGGCGACAGCGAAUGACUUUCAAAAUAAGCCUGGAGAUCAAAGUGGGGCUCUCCCCCCUUCUGUCAGUCUCACACAAAGCCAGCAGCUGCUGCUAUCCUUCUUCCGUGCGUUCAUGCCAAUAUGGGGAGUGCCGCACGAAGUAUCUACAGUAGGGCUGGCUGAUGGGGCUACUUCCGGCCCGCGCCUGAUGUCUUCUGGCUACGGGGUGUGGCUGCUCGCCUGCUUGGUGGCGCUCGACACCCCACUCGACCCAGAUACCGAUCGUCUCGUCCACCGUUUGUUUCGCACAAGCUGUGAGCAGAUCCGAGUCCUAGGAGAGUGGAAAGGAGUUCAUGGAGAGAAGCGUGGCGCGCUUCUUGAGGCGCUUGAAAAGUGUGAUAGUUCCUCCCUACUGGAUGCAAAAUACAAAACGUACAUUAGAAUUGAGGAUCUAGGUGCGGAGGAUCUUCGCGCGCUCUACACGAUUGUUGUUAUUCUUGCUAAAUUCUUUCGUCAGAAUCAGAACCGUUUUAUUCCUCUAUAA